AUGGAUACAAAGGCGUGCGUCUCGCUCGUAAUCCUCGCGCUCCUGCUCGCCGGCCCUAACACGAGGGCAGCGGCGCUCCCCGGCAUCGACGCCGCGGCGGCGGUGAUGCAAACGUCGUCAUCGUCCAUGAAGCUGGAGGACGGCGUGGCGACGGAACUCGCGGAUUCGGCUACGGUGGACCUGGAGGGGCACCGCCGCGUCCUCGCCGGCAGAGGCAUCAGCGCGAGCUCCCUGAACCCCAACAAGGCAGCCUGCACCAGGACGUGCCCGGCGCGCGGAGGGGCCUACACCGGCCGGGCAUGCCUCCGAAGGUACCAGUGCCGUUAG